AUGGCGGUCGCUCAACAACCCAGGCAGCCUAAGCUGGCUCAUGUCAACAUGAUGACUGAUACAGUCAUUGCCAAUUUGACGCCAGAAGCUUUACGCUCGAUAAUGCGAUCUUUGCUCGCUGUCCAGCCGGAUUUAACUCCGGCUUUUGAGUCAUCGACGCGAGACUAUCUUCACUCGACGAAACCACCAUCACUGCCAAGUAAUUCUUCGACAUUGACCAGCUGGGACCCGUCUUCGACAAAUGCACAGUUCUCUGCUACACAAGCACGAAUUCGCUGCAUGGUCGGCUGCGGCCUUUGCUAUCAAAGUCUACCCCUACUUCGCGAUUGUGUCGAAUAUACAAGGUCCAUAAAGUGUGGUACUGGCAAGAAAUCUUGUAUUGGUGAUGGCGAGUUUGACUGGAACAAGAUGAUAGCAACUCUGGACGCGGAUAUAGUACAAGCUGCCACUGCUGUUCAGAAGACACUGGCUGCAGAAACAGGGGCUAGGGAACUUUCAGCGGACGAAUCCCUCCUAGUGAAAGGGCUUUAUGAAAGCAUCAUAUCUUGUCGCCAAAAUCACAUGCUAAACACCAAUAACGGCCAUCUUCCAUUUGAAAGGGGGCUAAUGGCCCUAGCUAGUCUACUCGGCUACCUUCCGGUGGAAAGUCAAAGCAAAAAACAAAAGACACUCCCUGUGCCACUGACAAGUAAAGAAACCUUUCUCAUUGGGGUCCGCCAAGUACCUCGCAUAUUCUCUGGACUAUGGCAACUAUCCAGCCCGGCAUGGGGCUCAGCAACGACACAAAGUAUGAAUGAACAGUUUGAGAAGACAGUUCGCAACGGCCUGACUGCUUUUGACAUGGCGGAUCACUAUGGCGAUGCUGAGAUCAUUUUUGGCCGUUUUAGGGCUUCAUAUCCUCACGCCGAUGAAUUAUUCACAGCCACCAAAUACUGCGUAUUCCAUCCAAUCAAGGUAUCUCGCGAGGUAAUCCAAGCAAACGUCACAGAAAGAUGUCAAAGACUUCAAGCAAGCAAAAUUGAUCUUCUACAAUUCCAUUGGCAAUUUUAUGAUGACCAGAACUACAUCAACGCGCUACGAUUUCUGCAGGAAGAUGACCGCGUAGAAAAUCUAGGUCUUUGCAAUUUUGAUACUGAACAUCUUCUACGAGUGCUCAAAAGUGGAGUGUCCAUUCAGUCCAACCAAGUUCAGUUCUCCUUGAUUGACUGUCGUCCCACGAUCAAAAUGGGACAAGUUUGCGAAGAACAUGGCAUCAAACUGUUGACGUACGGUACUCUGUGUGGCGGUUUCCUAGCUGAACGCUGGCUAGGUAAAAGCGAACCAGGUCUCUACGACGACGAAAUUACCCCUAGUCAAAGAAAGGUCAGUUCAACCACCUCAACAUUAUAUCGACGACGGGCUGACAGCGUGAAGUACUAUUCAAUGAUCCAAUGCUGGGGCAGUUGGGACCUAUAUCAGGAGCUACUCCGCACGUUGAAAACCAUUGCAAUCAAACACAAUGUAUCAAUAUCCAACGUUGCUACACGAUGGGUACUCGAUUUUCCUUAUGUUGGUGCAGUCAUUGUCGGUGCUCGCAUGGGAGUUAGCGAGCAUGUUGAUGAAAAUUUGGCUAGCUUUGGAUGGUCACUGGACCAGGCUGAUCGUCAGGCGAUUGAGGCUAUUCUUGAGAGAAGUGGUAAAUCACAAAUGUUUGAAACAAUGGGGGACUGCGGUGGAGAAUAUCGUUAG